AUGGCGUCGGAGGAACCGGUGCAUCCUCUCCGCCUUUCCAAGAGCAACACUAUGCCUAUCCCGUCCAAGACGCAGAGUGCUAUCCCUCGGCCACUAUCCGAGAUCUCGCCCACGGAACAGAGGAGGAAUUCGCCCGGUUCCAGCCAGGCACAGGCAAAGCAGUCCAAGAUGUCGCCUCUAAAUACCGAUUCCUCCCCUUUCCAGUCGUCUCCCAUGUCGCCCAUGGAUAACGCGACCUCCCCGCGUGUAUUUUGGCAAACCCGUUUCAACUCGGAAAACAGUCUCGAUAGUCGCACCGGAUCCCCCUCGCCUGUCCGUCGCUCCUCCAUCGAACGGCUGCAGAAGGCGUCCCGCGUCAAGAACAGCAACAUUCUCGCCUCCGAAGUCAAGCCGGGCCAGGAAUCCCCUCGCCCUCCAGUCGAACGCCCGCUGUCCAAGAUCCAGGGAAACGCAUUUGGUGGUAUGGGAUUCAGCGGUUUCCGUGGCCAUGGGAGAAGCCAAAGCAGCACCAGCAUCCCCAUAUUAAGCCCUCCUCUUCGGCCUACCGCGGCUCCAGUCACCAUUCCCGCCCAGAACCGCCCGGAAACACCGAACAGGGACAGGGAGCAAGGAAGCCAGAGCCUGUCCACCUCGCCUAUGAAGUCGUCGCUCUCAAGCCGAUUCAAGGCCAGCUUCGACCACGAAAACGGCACAUGGGCGACGGACGAAAACGGCAACGAACUUCCAACCGGCAGAGCCCUUCACCGCCAUGCGAAGAGUGUCACUUUCGAUGCCGCUCCGCCUCAAGUGAACGAGUACGAAAUGGCGACCCCGGAUCUAUCCUCGAUUGGCAGUAAUUCCAGAGAGGGGAGCUACGACUCGGACGAAGACGAGGACGACGAUGAUCAUUACAUGUUGCACGAUGAUGAUCACAGCGAGAGCGGGGACAGCUUUGAUGCCUCGCUCGAGGACACAGACAAGACCCCCGUUGUUGGCCCAGAGGACUGGAGGCAGGGCGAAAAUGACGAUCCUUUCUCCAGAAGUGUCGGCUCGGAGGGUACUUCGAAUGGUGACCACAGGCCAUUGCCACCACUUCCUGGCCAGUCAAGCAGGAGCGAUUCUGCCUCUCCCAACGCCCUUUCUCCCGUUAGGAGCCUCCCCACUCCUCCACCAGCUCCAUUGACCAAGGCGGAUAUGCAAAAUAUCGGCACUGGCAAGAUGUCUCUCGAAGAGCGCCUCAAACUCAUGAUGCUUUCCGAUGACGGAAAACACGCUGCUGAGCAACAGCGGGAGCGUCGCAUGCGUCGUGCUGUCCACGGCCGCGGCGAGGGCCAUACCUCUGAACGGGAGCCACUGAGCAGUCCCCUUUCGCAUCCUGAAGAGGAUGAGGAGGAAAACGACACCAUUGGAGAUCUCGAAGACUACCAACUGCCACCGCGUAUCUCGCGCGAAUCUAUUCUGCGUCGGGUUAACGGUAACGGUGAAAGGGAGUCGGAUUAUAACUUCUCUGACCCUACAACCCUAUCUCCCCCUAGACAGCCGGGUGCCUACGACCCAGAUGUGCCGAUUCCUACCACUGAGGACACUGAGGACUCGGACCUCAGCGAUGAAACCGACAGCGAGGAAGAGGGAAGCGUCAUCAUCAAACGCCCACACCACAAUUACGACAGUGAAGAGGACGACUAUUCGGUUGCGGAUACGUAUGAUCAUACCGAGACUGUCGACAGUGAGGCGGAUGCGUCUGAGUUACACCAUGACGAUGAAACUGAAAGCCAGUACUCUCUUGCCACAGAUCCCGAGAAGGAUGAUCAUGAGGAUGAUCAGGUGUCCACUCCGAGGGCAUCAAUUACCCCAGCAAUUGAACCGCCCGCAGUAAGAGACAUUUCUUCCUCCAGCCAAAUGAGCGGCUCUCUGGAGCUUUCCAAGGAAAAUAAGGAUGGGGACUUUGCCGAGGGCCUUGAGUCAUUCAUGAGCAAACCUGCCGAGCCGGAGAAGGAACAGGAACUUGAGCAAGUCGCCGUGUCCGAAAAGGGCAAGGAAACGGAACAGCAGGCCGUGCCGGAAAUCCACAUCGAACAGAGGCCAGAGACGCCCAAGGUGAAGAAGGUGCUGUCAAAGCCCGAGUAUGACGGCUCCGGUUGGGGAGAUCCUGAGGAGGAAGAUGAGUACGAGGAGGAGCCAGGUACCCCAGAGUCUGUGAUCCACCGCCCCAUGCCCGACAGUGAUGAAGAAGAAGCUCGCGCAUCGCCCGCCAUCCCGGAAACAGUUGCCACUAUCAAGUCGGCGUCUGGUUCCAAGUUGAAGACUCGGCCGUCGGCGACACCUGCCGACAUUGAAAGCAUGCGUGAGGCUCGUCGCCACGUUAGUCGUGAAGUCCCAACCAUCCCCCAGAUUCCAGAACGCCAUCGUAGCCGUAUCUCGAAGGACAUGGAGCCUGAACUUCUGAGAACCUCGGUUGAUGAUUACAUGAUGCGUCAUCCCAGCUUUAAGAAUCGCAGCCUCACCCUAGAUAUCGAUGUUGGCCUCAGCCUCGAGAGUGAUUUCGAGAGGGUGAUUGAGGCGCAAAAGGUUGUUUUUGACGAUUUCCUAAAUAAAUCCCACACCACAACCGGAGGCUUUACUUUCCCUGGACAAGCGUCCGAAAGCAAAACCAAACCCGGCCCAUUCACAGAAGAUGUACCUCUCGAUGCUAACGUUACGAAUCGUAAACAGCGCGGUUAUCUUAUGCGACAGAACACCAAAAUGGUCACUGCCAGCGAUAAGGAUGGCGACGAUUCCCGUAGCGGCUACCGAUCCGCGGGCGGCUCACCCGUGAAGGCAAAUCGUCCUCAGUCGUGGACAGUCGAGCCUUGGAAUCCUCAACCGAGAAAGAGGAGUCUCAAGAAGCGACCCAGUACCACCGGGCCGGUGCCACCACUUCCUGGCCAGGAGAGUAACGCCACGGCAACAACCUCGAUAAUCGAAGAAGACCUUAACGCUGGCAUGGAGGGCCCAGAGAGCGGAGAGAGAGGUCGUUUGUUCGUCAAGGUGAUGGGCGUGAAGGAUCUCGAUCUGCCCAUCCCGAAGAACGAGCGGACUUGGUUUGCCUUGACCCUGGACAACGGUGUGCACUGUGUCACGACGGCGUGGUUGGAGCUCGCCAGAAAUGCACCCAUUGGCCAGGAGUUCGAACUUGUUGUACCUAACGAUCUGGAAUUCCAGUUGACCCUGAACGUCAAACUGGAGAAGCCCGCUCCGGUCAAGCAAAAGGCGAUACCAUCUCCUGCUAAGAUUACCAAGGCCAAGACGUCGACCUUCAGCAGAGUCUUCGCUUCACCCAAGAAGAGGCGCGAGAUGGAGAUGCGACAAAAGGAAGAGGAGGAACGCCUGGCGCAACAGCAGCGUGAAGCCGCUGCCCGGCAAAUGAAGACUCAGCCCACCGCAUGGGACCUUCUCUCCCCCUUGGCUGCCGAAGACGGAAGCUUUGCUCGUUCGUACGUCUGCCUUAAGGAACACGAAUCCCGCUGUUUCGGACGCCCAUAUACAGUGGAAGUUGCGGCCUUCAACGAGUGGGCUACCGAAGAGGCCGGUUUCGCCUCAAGCGUCAAGAGCAAGCGCGGUAGUACUGGGCCUGUUCGCCGUGCGCCGUAUAAGAUCGGAAAGCUGGAACUCCAACUUCUCUUCGUACCUCGCCCCAAGGGAGCGACCGAUGAGGAUAUGCCUAAAAGCAUGAACUCGUGCAUUCGCGAGAUGAAGGCUGCUGAGGAGCGCCUGGCCCAAUCCUGGGAAGGUCUUCUCAGCCAGCAGGGUGGAGACUGCCCGUACUGGCGUCGCCGUUACUUCAAGUUGGUUGGUACUAAGCUGACCGCCUAUCACGAGUCAACUCGACAGCCACGAGCAACCAUCAACCUCGCGAAUGCCAAGCGGCUUAUCGAUGAUCGCCGUGCCCUCAUGGAGAAGGAGAUUACCGGCAAGAACGGAAAGCGCCGUCGUUCUGCGUUCGCCGAGGACGAAGAAGGCUACAUGUUUGUCGAGGAAGGGUUCCGAAUUCGCUUCAAUAACGGCGAGUUGAUCGACUUUUACGCCGACAGCACUGAGGAGAAGGAGGGCUGGAUGAAGGUUCUCGGCGAAGUUAUCGGUCGUGACACCAUCCUUGCUUCCGAUGACGAUACAGUGUCGGGCACCCCAUCGAAGCUGAAGGGCAAGUGGUGCGAGUUGGUGCUCAAGAGAGAAGAGACGAUUCGUAGGCGUGCCGAGGGCCGACGGGUGCAUUCGAGGACGAAGAGCAGUCUUGUAUAA